CUUUCUUUUUCUUCAUCCUUUUCUUUUUCAAAAUUAACAUGAAGGUUCAGCCAACCUGCAGGUUCAGACAACCUGAAACCACUACAAACACUCUAGAUGAGGUUUGACGCUGUCAAUGACCAUAGAAGGCAAACCAAGAAGAACAACCAAUAGAUACAGAGACAGACACAAAACCAACUAACAAGUAUAAAAAGAAAUGCUAAGACACAAUACAGGUGAAAAGCACUUAUGAUCCACGGAAGGACGAUACAAGUUAAGAAAUACAUGAAAAGAGGAAAAACAGAGAUGAUUAAUUGCAACAUUGUCGCUUCUCUCCUACUGCUAUCGCUUAGUGUCAGCGGCACCACAAAUAGGUCUGAGCUGUAUUGUAAUCCAGCAAUCAAAGUGCCACGAAACACAGUGUUUAAAGCUCGUGUUAUGACAGUGUUGAGGAUAAACUGCACUAUAAAUCUGCGUGGAUGUCACAGGAGCCCAAGAGUCUCAUGGUGCAAAAUCGAUGGAAAUGACUGUAAAGCUUUAAAUCACUCAGAUUACAUAAAAACUGAGUGGAAGAAUACAACAGAGCAUGAAGGGAUGGCUUUCCUGAUUUUCCAGAACAUCUCAAUGGAGGAUGCAGGUUUAUACAGAUGUAAAGAAAGCGAGACGUCUGUAGGCCAUGCUAUUAAUGUCACUGUGACAGCAGAUAAUAACAAGGAUGAGUUUUCACCUACUCCAAGCAGCACAACAGAAAAUAACAAGAAUGAGUUUUCACCCACUCCAAGCAGCACAAGUGAUCUGAAUACAAUUCAAAAUGAUGAUCAGCAGUGGCUCAGGCUAUAUGUGUACAUCUGCAGUGGAAUAGCAGGGCUGGUGUUCAUAGUUCUUCUGACAUUAAUUUAUGUUGUUGGACGCCAAGGGAGAAAAUGGACAAGAAAAGAUAUGGCAGAUAAAAAUCAGUACACAAAAACACAAAAAAGUAAUCAGCUUUCUCCUCAUCUCUAUCUGAACUCAGACCUGCUGACCACUGUUAUAUAUCGUGUCUAAGAAACUAUACCUGUGAUAUUUCAGAGCAGCACCAGAAGAAAAGAAUGCUCUUGUGUAUGCUUUUGAAUCUUCUGGCAAUGUCAUAUGGCCUUUGAGACUUAACUUUUUCUUUUUUUUUUUAAAUUGUGUUGACCGUGAAUACUUCAGAAUUUCAGAUGAUAUAUUGCAGUUCCGACAGCUUUGAAGUAGUGAUGACAGAACGUUGAAAGAUAUUGCUUCAGAAAAGUUGUAUUGUUGUUAUUUGUGAAUCACUGUUUGUUAUAAACUUUUUCUUUAAUAAAUUCAAAUUUCUUUAAAAUUUAAUAAAAACAAAGAAAAGAUUGAAUCUACACAAACACAAGCAUGCAUCCCUGGGAGCACUAUGACCAUUAUUUACUAAGAGCAUGUGGACUACAGCUUUUCCUUGGCUCUACUGUGCAAAAACCUGUGCAAAUACACUAUAUUUUGCAAAACAUUUUAACAUUAUGAAUUUUGCUGUAGAAGUAAGGUAAGGUUUUAUUUAUUAUCAUUUCCUUUAUAAGUGUGUGAAUGAAAACACUG